GAGUCGUCGUGGAUCGAGGUUGGUCGUUCAUGCAGAUGGAGCGUGUCCAGGUGUUUGGAUUCUUCAGCCUCGUCGUCGUCCUCGUCGCCGCCCAGAGCGACUCACCCAGCUCGGCCCCUCAGCCGUCCUACCUGCUGCUGGCUCCCCAGUCCCUCCGGCCCGGAGUCCCUCCGUCCGUGUCGGUCACCGUCCUCGGCGGCUCGUCCGUCGACGUGUCGGCUCACAUCGUUCAUGGCAACGAGAGCGUGGCCUCGGCGUCGGCGACUGUCGAAGCAGGUUCGACGGAGCUGCUGACUUUGCCUCCAAUCCACAAGAACGAGUCCAGCUACUGGCUCACCUACAGCCUGGAGGUCAGGGGUCACGUGGGCGGCGUACAGGUUUUCUCCAACUCGACGGAUCUGCACUUUGACCCCAAAGGCGUCUCCGUCUUCAUCCAGACGGACAAAGCGAACUAUCGGCCCGGGCAGGAGGUGAAGAUCCGGGUGGUGUUCGUCCGUCCUGACGGGAAACCGUUGGUCAGCCCGGUGGACGUCAGCGUCAGGGAUCCGAGGGGAAACCUGCUCCGACAGUGGCUGUCUGUGGACGCCGACCUCGGGGUCGUGUCCAAACAGUUCCAGCUCUCUGAAAACCCUCCGCUGGGCGAGUGGACCAUCGUCGCUACAGUCGAUGACGUUUCAAGUGAGAAGCAUUUCCACGUGGCUCAUUAUGUGCUGCCAAAGUUCAAGGUCGUGAUCGACGUUCCAGACUCCAUGUAUCACAAGGACACGCUGAGCGGCUCCGUCAAAGCAAUGUAUUCCACCAUGAAACCUGUUCAAGGACACAUGUACAUAACGUUCUUCCAUCAUUUCCAUGGUAUUUUUGAUGCUUACGAUGAAGAUCGAGAGAUCGAUGGCACCGACGACUUCACAUUCGAUGUUCCCGAUAACUUCGUAAUGAGCGAAAGGGCUCAAGAAAUGGAUUUCUUUUUGGAUGAAGGAUACAUGAAUGAAGAGUUUCUAACGAUUGUGGUGAAUGUGACCGACUAUAUCACAGGUCUCACGUACAACAGUACAGCAAUGGUGUCUUUGGUUAAACACAAAUAUAAAUUUUCCUUUGAGGACUAUCCCAAAGUAUUGAAGCCCUUAAGCUUCUAUGCCAUGCUGAAAAUAUCAACGUACAACAAUCAACCCCUGUCGGAGGAGGAUCAGCGAAAGAGGGUUCAAGUGUCGGUGAUGCAAGGAAAGGAAAGUCCGUGGAGUUGGAAAAUGGAAGAAGUGGAAGAAAUGUGGCCUCGUAUGUCAAACCUGUCGGGUCCUUCGAACAGGCCUCCCCGUCCAGAGGAGACGGCGCCUAAAGAGAUGGAGUUUCCUGUUCCGGCAGAUGGAUUCAUACGCCUCCACAUCGAGGUCAUGAAUGACACCGAAACACUCACUAUUGAUGCAUCUUUUGAGGACAGCCAAAGCACCCUUCAGCUCUACAGGAGCUACACGUCACACAGUCACUCUUACCUGCAGAUUCAGAAUCCAAAAAGUCCUCCGCAGGUUGGUUCUUCUCUCCCGCUUCACAUUGAGAAGAAUUUUCCAGUAACUGAGAUUCACUACAUAGUGAAGUCCAGAGGUCAGGUGGUGUCUGCUGGGAAGAGCUCUGGUGAUCCGACACUUUUCCCAGAAGUCUCCUGGGCGCCUCUGGCCUGCAUCAUCGUCUUCUGUGUGCAUCCCGACGGAGAGAUCAUCAACGAUGUGCUGCAGCUGCCAAUCGGACAAACCUUACAAAACAAGGUAUUGCUGACCUGGAGCAACGCUAAGAGGAAGCCGGGUGACGAGGUCACACUCGGGGUCACUGUGGCGGAGACCGACUCGCUGGUCGGUAUCCUGGUGGUCGACAAGGCGACGCGGUGGACGGGCUCAAACAAUGACAUCACUAAGAAGAGGGUGACGGAGGAGUUGAAGGAGUACAGCCUUUCCAGGGCCGACGCCUACUCCGACAUGGUGGCAAUGGGAGAUCCCUACUCCAUCUUCACGACUUGUGAUCUCGUGGUGCUCACAGACGCCCGUUUACACAAGAUGGAACAUUCACUGAAGCCCGCAUUUCCAGGGGAGGGAAUACAUCACCUCACCCACACAGAUGAUCCACCGUUGCAGGGACAGCGGGAGCUGCGGGAGCGCUGGCUCUUUCCAGAGACGUGGAUAUGGCUGGACACCAAGACGGGUGAUUCCAACCAAAAAGAGUUGACUCUAACUGUACCAGACAGCAUCACAACCUGGGAGGCCACUGCCUUCGUCAUGUCUGAGAACCUGGGACUGGGCAUCGUCGAAGAGCCUGCGCAGCUCGUGGUGUUCCAGGAUUUCUUCCUGUCCUUGAAUCUGCCGGCCUACGUCACCCGAGGAGAGGAACUGCUGCUGGAGAUCGUUCUGUUCAACUACCUCCUGCAGGACCUGGAGGUCAUGGUGACUGUGGCGGAGAGCGACACCUUUGAGUUCGUCUUCCCGGACAAUGAGGAGCUCCCCAUGCCCAGCGUCCGCCGGGUGUCCGUGGGGAGCCAGGGCGGGACGUCCGUCCUCGUUCCCAUAAGGCCGCUGGUCCUCGGCGAGAUCCCCGUCUCUGUGAAGGCCAUGUCGAGCGCAGCGUCCGACCUCGUGCGCCGGACGGUGCUCGUCAAGGCCGAAGGAGUGGAGCGGGCGCACUCGGCCUCGCUGCUGUUUGAAGUUUCCCAAGCGCAGCCGAGUCUUUCCAGACACGUCGCGUUCACUCUCCCGGCAGAUGCUGUGCGGGGCAGCGAGAGAGCGUCGGUGACGGCCAUCGGCGACAUCCUCGGCCCGUCCAUCAGCGGCCUGGACUCCCUGAUCCAGAUUCCGCGCGGCUGCGGCGAACAGAACAUGAUCAACUUUGCGCCGAACAUCUACGUGCUGCAGUAUCUGAGCGCCACGGGGCAGGCGGAGCACGACGUCACGCAGCGGGCCAGGGACUACAUGACCAGAGGCUAUGAGCAGGAGCUGACCUAUCGGAGGCAGGACGGCUCCUUCAGUGCGUUCGGAGACAGCGACUCCUCUGGAAGCACCUGGCUGACCGCCUUCGUGCUGCGGUGUUUCCUGCAGGCGCGGCCGUUCAUCGCCAUCGACGCCCACGUGCUGGACACGAUGGCCGCCUGGUUGGCAUGGCAGCAGGGCGCCGACGGCAGGUUCGAGGAGCCGGGCCGGGUCAUUCACACCGAGCUCCAGGGAGGCGUGGACGGUCCCGUCACCCUCGCGGCCUACGUCCUCGUCGCCCUGCUGGAGGACGACGACGUCAGGGCUCAGUACGGCAGCCAGGUGUCGUCAGCGCUGGUGUACCUGGAGACCCGUCUGGCUCUGGGCGUCUCCAGUAACUACAGCCUCAGCCUCCUCAUCUACGCCCUGGCGCUGUCCGGCAGCUCCAGCGCCGACAUGGCGCUCAGCGAGCUGAUUGGACGAGCCCAGAUGGUCGACGGCGUGCCGAUGUGGUCGUCCCCAGACGCCGGCGUGUCGCGGUCGUGGCAGCCUCGCUCCGUCGACAUCGAGAUGGCGUCCUACGUGCUGCUGUCUCUGCACAGACUGGGUCGCGUGGCCGAAGGUCUCGCCCUCGUCAAGUGGCUCAGUCGGCAGCGCGGCGCCUCGGGAGGAUUCGGAAGCACCCAGGACACGAUCUUGGGCCUGUUCACCUUGUCCACCUUCACCGCCGGCGGCUCGCACGACGUCGACCUCAGCGUCCAAGUGACCGCGGACGAUUCCGACCCCGUCGCCUUCUUCCACAUCGACCAGAGCAACUCCCUGCUCCUGCAGAGCCAGCAGAUGGAGCCAGAGGGGGAGCUGCGCCUCCUCGUGACCGCGGAGGGUCGUGGACUCGCUCUCGUUCAGCUGAACGUGUUCUACAACGUCAGGGAAGAGGAAGCGCGGCGGCGGCGGCGGCGCGACGCCGACGAGCACGAGGCGUUUCAUCUGUACGCCGAGCUGGUUGAGGCGGAGAUGAACUGGGAGCAUCUGUACGUCUGCUUCAGCCUGUCGGAGCGUCUGGGUCUGGACGCCACGGGCAUGGCCGUCCUGGAGGUCGGCCUGCUGAGCGGCUUCAGUCUGGCGCCGGACGGCAUCCAGACCAACGACAUGGUGAAGAAAGUGGAGACGCACCCGGGGAAGGUGGUCCUGUACCUGGACUCAGUGACGACCCAAGAGUUCUGUGUUCACGUUCCUCUGGUGAUGGAGUACAAAGUCGCCAAACUGCUGGAGGGAACUCUUCUCCUCUACGACUAUUAUGAACCUCGACGGAGGACGGAGAGGUCGUACAGAUCCGAGCGGCGGCGCGACAUGUCCCCCUGCUUCUUCUGCGGUGAGGACUGCAGCGACUGCAUGAUGGACGAGUACGAGCACAGCGCGGCGCCACGCCGCCGCCACAACGUCCUGCUGACCGGUUUGCCCGCUGCUCUGCUCGUGAUCUGCACCGUCGUCCUCGGCAUGUAGAGAAAAGAAAAUCUAACAAGGCCUAGUUCGGCCGUAGAUGUGUGGAUAUGUUUUCACGUUCUCCUGAAUGAGUUUGUGCACCGGAGGCUUCAGAGUUUUCCACAUCACACGUGUUCAUGCUGUCUAUUGGCUCGAUUCACUCUAAGUGGACUUUUCAACUCAAAUGUGCGACAGUUAAAGUUGGAUAUUCAUCAGUGAGGGAAGAGAAAAGUAGAAGAAGACGUUUCUGUGUUGACACAGGGACACAGAAUCCAUGUAGCCUCUUAUUAUAAAACCUAUUUCUUAUCAUUUUUUUAGAUAGCGUUCCCUCUUCUGUCGUCCAAUCAGAAAGCUUUCUGGAGUAUUUAAACUCCUCCCCCCUGUGACUAUAAAUUCUUCCAGGUAGCGAGCGGAGCACAGGGACCUCCCUUGAUCAUUUCGUGUUUGUACUAGAAACCCUGUAAAUAUGUGGAAUCGAACAAUGUUUCAUCUCCUUAAAGCUGCAGUGUGUAAUAUUUAGAAGAACUUAUUCACAUAAAUUGAAUAUAUUGUCCAUAACUAUGUUCAUGUAAGAGUUAAAUAUAGUUCCAUGAGGUGGACCGACCUCCGUGU